AUGGAUGUAAGAUUGUGGGUGGUGCGAAGUGACAAAUCCUGUGCUUUGGCGUACCAUUCACUGCCUAAGAAUGCCAUCAUUGGACCUUUGCAAAAUACUACUUUUGUUGGCCGAAAUGAACAUUAUAUAAUGUUGAGGAGACAAGCACCAGUUUAUUUUUCUAAUGAAAGUGCUCCAAGUUCAUCUGUAUGUGGUGUAUCCUGCACACAGCGAAAUUCUUCUACACGAUUGCAAGAAGCUACCACAUCAUCGAGAGUGAUUGCUGCAGCACCUGGAAGUUCAGCAACUCUACAACCGAACAGUAAACACCGUGAGACGACCUUCGGUAUCGAUGAAGAUUGUUGGCGAUCCAGUAGUGCUGCCAUGCUUACGAAUGGAAAGGCGCAAUUAGUUCGUUUUUUCUCGCUAAUUUUAAACUUAAAAUAG